ACGCAGGCUCGGUUCCCCCUCGCCGUGGGCUGGGCUCUGUCCGUGGUGCUGAAUCGGCGGCGUCACAUGACAUCCAGCUCACGGGCUCCGGAGACCCAGGACCCGCCGCCACCGCUGCCAAUUACCGGGUCAGGGGGAGGAGCCAGCCUGCGGAGGGUUUCGGGCUGCACCGGGGGAGGAGUGGGAUUAUUGUACCCGGCUGUACGGGGAGUACCGGACAAGGGGGGAAGAGCGGGGGCACCGUGCGUGGGGCGGGGCUCCGAGCCCAGGCCACAAGAUGCAGCGGCUCCGGUUGAACGAGGCUCACGCCGUGCACCUGGGGCAGCUGGCCCGGAAGGACGGGACCCGGAGAGGCGUCCUUAGCAAGCGCAGCUCGGACAACAGCCGCUGGCAGAGCCGGAGCUUCUCCCUGCUGCACAACCUGCUCUUCUGCUUCGAGAGCGAGUCCAGCGGCCGCCCGUGUGCGCUCUACCUGCUGGAGGGAUGCAGCUGCGAGCGAGGAGCCAAGGGGGGCCCGGACAGACAGCAUUGUUUUAUCAUCAACUUUAACCAUGAGAAUCAGAAGCCUCUGGAGCUGCGCACUGAGGAUUCUAAGGACUGUGAAGAGUGGGUAUCGGCUAUAUCUCGAGCCAGCUACAAGACCCUGGUGACCGAGCAUGAGGCCCUUAUGCAGAAGUAUCUGCAUUUGCUGCAGAUUGUGGAAACCGAGAAGAAGGUUGCAAAACAGCUGAGACACCAGAUAGAGGAUGGAGAGGUAGAGGUCGAGCGUCUGAAAUCUGAGAUUGCGUCAUUACUGAAGGAUAAUGAGCGCAUUCAGUCCACACCGAGCUCAGCUUCAACUGAAGACACUGACAUAAAGAAAAUAAAGAAGGUGCAGAGUUUCUUACGUGGCUGGUUGUGCCGGCGGAAGUGGAAGAGCAUAAUCCAGGAUUACUCGAGGUCUCCGCACGCUGACAGCAUGCGGAAGAGGAACCAGGUGGUGUUUAGCAUGCUGGAAGCAGAGGCCGAGUAUGUACAGCAAUUGCAUAUUCUGGUCAACAACUUCCUACGGCCUCUGCGGAUGGCGGCCAGCUCCAAGAAGCCACCAAUCACUCAUGAUGAUGUUAGCAGCAUCUUCCUCAACAGUGAAACCAUCAUGUUUCUGCAUCAGAUCUUUUAUCAGGGUCUGAAAGCGCGAAUCUCCAGCUGGCCCACGUUGGUGUUGGCGGAUCUCUUUGACAUUCUUUUGCCAAUGCUAAACAUUUACCAAGAAUUUGUGCGGAACCAUCAGUACAGUCUGCAGAUCCUGGCUCACUGCAAACAGAACCGAGACUUUGACAAAUUACUGAAACAAUAUGAAGCCAAACCGGACUGUGAGGAGAGAACUCUGGAGACGUUCCUCACCUACCCUAUGUUCCAGAUCCCACGUUACAUCCUUACUCUGCAUGAGCUGUUGGCUCACACACCCCAUGAACACGUAGAACGCAACAGCCUAGAAUUUGCCAAAUCCAAACUGGAAGAGUUGUCAAGGAUAAUGCACGACGAAGUCAGUGAGACAGAAAAUAUCCGUAAAAAUUUGGCCAUUGAAAGGAUGAUAGUUGAGGGCUGUGAAAUAUUGUUGGAUACCAGUCAGACAUUCGUGCGGCAAGGCUGCUUGAUUCAGGUGCCAAUGUCUGAGAAGAGCAGGGUGACAAGAGGGCGGCUUGGGUCCCUUUCCCUGCGGAAGGAAGGAGAGCGUCAGUGCUUCUUAUUCUCCAAACACCUACUGAUCUGUACUCGCAGCUCUGGGGGAAAACUGCACCUCACUAAGAAUGGGGUCAUAUCAUUGAUGGACUGCACCUUACUGGAAGAUCAAGAUGAUGAUGACAACAGGCCUCCCACACAGGAUGGGGAUCACUUGGACUUCAAGAUCUCAGUGGAACCCAAGGAUUCUGCUACGUUUAUUGUCAUAUUACUGGCAUCCUCCAGGCAGGAGAAAGCAGCAUGGACCAGUGACAUCAGCCAGUGUGUGGAUAACAUCCGCUGCAAUGGGCUGAUGAUGAACGCGUUUGAAGAGAACUCCAAGGUCACUGUUCCCCAGAUGAUCAAGUCGGACAGUAGUCUGUACUGCGACGACAUUGACAUUCGAUUCAGCAAGACUAUGAACUCCUGCAAGGUUCUGCAGAUUCGCUACGCAAGUGUUGAACGCUUACUGGAACGGCUCACUGAUCUGCGCUUCCUGAGCAUUGACUUUCUAAACACAUUCUUGCACUCUUACCGGGUCUUCACCACCGCGGAGAUUGUGCUUGACAAGCUUAUAGCUAUCUACAGGAAACCAGUCAGCGCUAUCCCAGCCAGGUCUUUAGAGCUACUGUUUGCAAGUAAUCAGAAUAAUAAACUCCUGUAUGGUGAGCCACCCAAAUCUCCUAGAGCUACACGCAAGUUCUCAUCUCCACCACCCCUUUCUAUCACCAAGUCGUCAUCACCUAGUCGUAGACGCAAAUUAUCUCUCAAUAUUCCUAUUAUCACCGGUGGAAAAGCCCUGGACCUGGCUGCCCUAGGAUGUUCUCCCAAUGGACAUACAAGUGCCUGCCCUGCUCCUCCCCCAUACAGCAAGACCAGUUUGGACAUCAAUAAACUUUAUGUGUCUGGAAGCUUUCCAAGCAAGGUGGGCGAGGGAGAGGAGCCACCUGCAGAGAGAGACGAGGAGCCAGUAACACCAAGGCAAAACUCUGAGGUUUCCUGCCGUGCAGAAUCGGACAAUGAACAGACACAAAGCGAUGAGGCCGAGACUGACACAUCCCCCACCCGCUCUCCGACCACCCCAAUUUCUCAACGUGGACGGAACUCUGCAGAUUUUACACUCUUUUCAUAUAAUAAUGGAAUGGUGAUGACUUCCUGUCGGGAGCACGACAGUAAUCGCAGCAACUUAUCAGCAGCCUCUGCCUUCGCAAUAGCAACGGCCGGAGCUAAUGAGGGUACUCCAACCAAGGAGACUUAUCGGCGUAUGUCUUUAGCCACAGCAGGUUUUCCUUCAGAUCAGAGGAAUGGAGACAAGGAAUUUGUGAUCAGAAGAGCAGCCACAAACCGUGUGCUGAAUGUCCUGAGACACUGGGUGUCCAAACAUGCUCAGGAUUUUGAGACAAACCUGCCGCUGAAGAACAAAGUCAUCAGCUUCCUGGAGGAGGUUAUCCACAAUCCUGAGCUGCUAGCGCAGGAAAGGAAGGCUGCUGCCAAUAUUAUUCGCACACUGACACAGGAGGACCCUGGAGAUAGUCAGGUCACUCUGGAAGAGAUUGAACACAUGGUGUUGAGCACUCCCGUGGAUCCAUUUGAGUCUCUCUCUGCUCUGGAGAUUGCAGAACAGCUGACGUUACUGGAUCAUCUGAUCUUCAAGAAGAUCCCAUAUGAGGAAUUUUUUGGUCAAGGUUGGAUGAAAGCAGACAAGAAUGAGAGAACACCAUAUAUCAUGGGCACAAGCAACCACUUCAACCACAUGAGUAACCUGAUUGCCACAGAGAUUCUGCGGAGUGAGGAGCCGGGAUUACGUGGAUGUACAAUUGAGAAGUGGGUGGCAGUGGCUGAUAUUUGUCGCUGUCUACACAAUUACAACGCUGUUCUGGAGAUUACGUCAUCACUAAAUCGCAGUGCAAUCUUUCGACUCAAGAGAACCUGGAUCAAAGUGUCCAAACAGACAAAGACUUUGAUUGACCGUCUCCAGAAGUUGGUGUCUUCAGAAGGACGAUUUAAGAACUUGAGAGAGGCCUUGAAGAACUGUGACCCUCCCUGUGUUCCUUACCUGGGGAUGUACCUGACAGAUCUGGCAUUUAUAGAGGAGGGUACCCCGAAUUAUACCGAGGAUGGACUGGUCAAUUUCUCAAAGAUGAGGAUGAUUUCACAUAUAAUUCGGGAGAUUAGGCAGUUUCAGCAGACGUCCUACAAGAUAGAACAUCAGCCUAAGGUCACACAGUAUCUCUUGGACUCCUCAGGAGUGCUGGAUGAAGAGGGUCUUUAUGAAGCUUCUCUCCGUCUAGAACCCAAACUCCCCACUUGAAUUUUUGCUGCGCACCACCUGCCUGUAUCAUAUUGUACAGACCCCCCACGCCUCUCGCCAGACCCCAUUAUGCAGGGGUCACCAUGCAGGGGUAGAGAUGUCUGUGUCUCCAUCCAUCCCAAACACCCAACUGCUCCUAUGGGAUGCCCCACAAUGCCCCCACACCCAGUUUUCCCCAAAGACACCCCUAGAAAGAGUGCACAGGGUGGAGACUGAGAUACCUCUCACCAGGAGCACUAUCCUAACGCACACCAGGCUGUGCUGGCAAUGACUGAAGAGUUGCCGCUGCCUCCUAUUGACUGUAAAUGUAAGAACUAAGCAGCAGCUCCCCAUUACACCAGCGGUCACCUCCUCCACCACCAUGCGAGUACGGAGAGGUCCAUGUUUCUGUGUAUGUUUCAGGGAGAGGUUUAAAGAGCGAACUAUAUAUCAGAGGAGGUUAUAAUAGUGAACUAUAAAGCAGAAGAGGUUAAUUUAUAACACUCCACGUAUUUUAAUGUAGGGAACAAAAAAGUGAUACUAUCCUACACCUGGAGAAAAGGGCACAUUCAUAACAUCAAUGUAAGGGAGUACAGCUCUAGAAAACAGAACCAGUCCCAUGAAAUGAUCAGCCUCUGAUGUCCAGAAUGGCAGUGUCCAGCACACUUUGCAAAUUGUGGACUCUACUUCAGCUUUGUCUGUGUAGUAAUAUGUGUCCAUGGCUGCAAAAGGAACUAAACAAAAAAAUGCACAAAUUAUAUAUUUAUGUAAGAAAUCCAAUAGCCUGAAGCUAAAUAGCUGAUACAUUAUAUAGUGUAAUGACUGCUAUUAAGGCUGGGUAUUAACUGCUUUAUUGCAAAAGUGCCAUCGCAACACAGGGAGUAACUGCAGUUGGAUCAUGGGGACUGUUGCAUAUGGAACAAGUCCAGCAGUAAGGCAUAGGUUGAUGUUGCUAUUGUAGGCUGGAUUGGGGAGAACGUCCACAAUCUGGCCACAUGAAUGAGUUAUGCAGGGGGAGGUUCAGCGGUGGGUUUGGAGAAAAAUUUGCAGCUACAUUUUGGUUUAUUUUUUGUACUAUAAAGUGUUUCCUGAUUACCUCUCGCUAAUAAAUCUUUUAUCUCAGGGUUACCACCAA